UGAGUCAUAUUGUUGAAGGCGGACCUUUUGGCUGUUUAUCUGAGGGUAUAAGAUGCUGCUAUUUACAGCAGAGUGAGCUGAACUUCAAUGAGAAAAAAAUCUGUUUACUGAACUACAGAACCAGGAGUAAGACAGGAUGGGCACUGCUGGAAAAGUUAUUAAAUGCAAGGCAGCUGUGUUAUGGGAGCCGAAUAAUCCCCUUUCCAUUGAGGAAAUAGAAGUUGCCCCACCAAAGGCGAAAGAAGUUCGUAUUAAGAUUUUGGCCACAGGAAUCUGUCGCACAGAUGAUCAUGUGAUUAAAGGAUUAAUGUUGACUAGGUUUCCCGUGAUUGUGGGACACGAAGCAGCUGGGGUUGUGGAGAGCAUUGGAGAUGGAGUGACUACAGUGAAACCAGGUGAUAAAGUCAUCCCCCUCUUUCUGCCUCAGUGUAGAGAAUGCAAUGCUUGCCGCAACCCAGAUGGAAACCUUUGCAUUAAGACUGACCUUGCUGGUCGUGGAGUACUGGAUGAUGGCACUAGCAGAUUUACAUGCAAGGGCAAAACAGUGUACCACUUUGCUAACACCAGUACGUUUACUGAGUACACGGUGGUGAAUGAAUUUGCUGUUGCUAAGAUUGAUGACGCGGCUCCUCUUGAGAAAGUCUGUUUAAUUGGAUGUGGGUUUUCCACGGGAUAUGGAGCUGCUAUUAAAACUGGCAAGGUCACCCCGGGUUCCAUCUGUGCUGUCUUUGGCCUGGGAGGAGUUGGCCUUUCAGUCAUCAUGGGCUGUAAGUCGGCUGGUGCUUCCAGGAUCAUCGGAAUUGACCUCAACAAAGGCAAAUUUGAGAAGGCCGUGGCUGUAGGGGCCACGGAGUGCAUCAGCCCCAAGGACUUUACCAAGCCCAUCAAUGAAGUGCUGUCAGAAAUGACAGGCAACAACGUGGGCUUCAGUUUUGAAGUUGUUGGGCGUCUUGAUACGAUGGUUGAUGCCCUUGCUUCCUGCCACUCAAACUAUGGGACCAGUGUGGUGGUGGGUGCUCCUCCAGCAACCAAAAUGCUCACCUAUGACCCUAUGCUGCUCUUCACUGGACGCACAUGGAAGGGGUGUAUUUUUGGAGGUUGGAAAAGUAGAGAUGAUGUUCCAAAAAUAGUGACUGACUUCCUGGCAGGGAAAUUUGACCUGGACCAGUUGAUAACCCAUGGUUUACCUUUCAAAAAAAUCCAGGAAGGAUUUGAACUGCUCUAUUCAGGCCAAAGCAUUCGAACUGUCCUGACGUUUUGAGAUUCUAAGUGGCAGGAGGUCUGUGUUGUGAGGUGACCUGGAGCUUCCCUUUCACAUGUCCCUGAGCUGAGACCAUGGAGCUGCUUCAUAAACACAAACAGGAACAGUGGUUUGAUGAAGAUAUAGAAUCUUAUGAAAUAAAUACUUAGAGCCCUGACCAGGUAGCUCAUUUGGUUAGAAUGCCAUCCUGAUACACCAAGGUUGUGUGUUUGAUCCAGGAUCAUCAGGGCACAAUGAAUCAACUAAUGAAUGAAUGAAUAAGUGGAACAACAAAUCCAUGUAUCUAUCUCUCUCUCCUCUCUCCCUUCUCUCCCUUCCUCUCUCUCUAAAAUCAAUCAAUAAAAAUAAUAAAUAAUAAAAGAAUUAGAAAAUUUACUAAAUAUUUAGAGUGUUGUGAACAGCUGGGAAUUAGCAGGGGGUGUGGGUCAACCAUGUUAAAAUUUUAAAUUAACAUUUUCCAAGGCUAUAAUUACAUAUUUUGAUAUAUAUAUAUAUAUCAAAAAAAGUGUAUAUAUAUACACUUUUAUAUAUAUAUAUCAAAAAGUGUAUAUAUAUACACUUGCAUUUUUAAGCUAGAAUAGGAAUUUUUUAAAAAGAGUUUUAAUUAUCUGCCACCUCUUAGAGUGGAUUUAACAUGUAAAGAUAUGGUAUAUGUAAUUGCUAUAGUAAUGCAUUUUUCACAUGGUCUUUAACAAAUUACAAACAUUCCUCUUUUUAUUCAAAUGCAAUUUUUUAAAAGUUCGUUAUAAAUUAAGUUCGGUUUUAAAAUUAACUCUUUGCAAGGCACAAGUUGAUUAGAUUAGGGAAGAAUUUAGGGAAGUUCUAUAAUCUUAAGUGUUAACUUUAAGAACCAUCCAUCAUUAUAUAACUAGAUGAAACUGAAAACCCAUACUAUUAGGGUGAAUGAAACCAUUCGCCAGCCUAUGUUAGUAUUUCAGACAACAUGCCUUUCAUAAUACCACUUGAAUAUCAAAAUGCAGCUAGCUAGAAUCAAAUUGUAAUAUAUUUUUAAUGUUCAAUUCAAUAAGUAGAAUUAUAAGCCCUUUAGUGCCUGUUUACUAAGCAAUGACUCCUUUUAAAAGUUUUCUCAGUUUGGUAUAGCUGGCAUAUCUGUCUAUAUAUAACAUGUUACAAAUGUUUUAAAUUUAAGUACUUUACAAAAUGUUUUGUGGUGAUUUAUUUAGUUCAAAGAGAACAAUUUCAAUUGUUACUGAACUCUUAUUGGCUAUGGAUAAAGUAUUAAAGCAUCUGAAAACUUACGAAAUACCCUAUAAGAAAACAAGUAAAGUUAAGUGUAGCAGAAAUUGGUGAUUUUGAUAGAAGGAUGUAAUAUAGCUUGGGCAGUCCUGCCUUGGUAGAUUGCAAAAUAUCCAGGUAAUUAUGAGCCAUUUUGCACAGUAAUUAUUUCCCAAUAAAAAGCGACUUGAACACUAUAGGUAAAAGUUAUUUUUGCUUUGCUAGUUUGUUAAAUCUAGGAUUAGUCUAGGCUUAUUUUUAAAAAUAGCUCAAAUAGCUGAAAAGUAUAUGAAAUUCUUCUGUAAAUUACCUUCAACAUCAGCUAAGUUAGCUAUGGCAAUCUCCAAAACACUUUAAAGAGUCACAGAUUAUAAAUAUAUAUAAAUCAUAUAUAAAUAAUGUAUAUGUAAAUGUAUACAUAAAUAUAUAUAUUUAUAUGUAUAUGGUCUCCACCUAAGAAUCAUUGAGAGACAUUUCCCUUUUCUGUUAGCAACAUGUAUAGUUAGGACCCUAGGACACUAGGGUUUAAUUAAUGACAGAAAAGCUGCCUUGCAAAAAAUAUUUACUAGAAAAAUAUUUAAAGUAAAUUAAUGUUUAUGUCUGUUAUCUCAAAUUUCAAAAAAACAAGUAAAGAUAUCUAAAGUUAUAUACAGAUACAGUUAUAUCAAAAGAAAUAAAUCCAAGAAGAAAUAAACAUUUAUAUUUUCAGAUCACAGUUUUUGAAAUGAGCUCUACUUUAUGCCUAGUGCUUCCUGUAAAUUCUAUUUUUAUAAAUGUCACAUAUGUCACAAUGUUAUAAAUUUAAUAAGUAUUGUGAAACUUUGUGAAAUCAUUUCUCACUUCUGUGUUUGUCAUGGCCAAAUAGUGAACAGAAAGUACUUUAGCAUCUUCCCAGGGAAACCUGCCUAUUAAGUUUUUCAAGUCAUCUGAAAACAUUGAUUCUAAGGAGAGAUUGGGAACUGAUAACUUAGUGUACAUUUUAUUUUUAGUCAAGGAAGCCAUGAAGAGUUUCAAACAGAGUUCUUGGAUAUUAAAUCAAAGGAUAAAUGAGCAAGAAAGAGCUAGGGUAAUAUUAAACAAAAUAUCUAACUUCUUGUUUAAAAUAUAAUCUAGAAUUUAAUCACUUAAAUCAUGUGUGAAAGGCAUUCAUUCAUUUGGCAUUUUUGUUUUCCAUUUCAACUUUGGACCAAGCACUGAAUUAGGUAAACACCUGGCUCACAGUGGUGAAUCAGACUGAGAGGGUCUAUGCCCUUACAGAGCAUACAGGGUUCUGAGAGACACACACAUUUUAUAAGACAGUAAACAAACACAGGGAUGGGCAAAAGUAGGUUUCCAGUUGUGAGUA